CGCAUUUCCUAGCGGUUGCGUCGACCCUGUGCGCCCGGAGGUUCAGUUGUUAGUUCAAGCCGCGGUAAGCGGAUGCUGAGUGCGCGUCUGUCCCGGGGCAUGGUCUCCAUGGCCACGCGCGCGUGUUUGUCUCGGGACGGCGCGGGGUCGGCGGCUGGUGGGCCAGUGGAGGCCGCCAUCCGUGCCAAGCUGGAGCAAGCCCUGAGCCCCGAGGUACUGGAGCUGCGCAACGAGAGCGGCGGCCACGCCGUCCCUGCGGGCAGCGAGACGCAUUUCCGUGUGGCGGUGGUGAGCUCUCGAUUCGAGGGGAUGAGCCCCUUGCAACGGCACCGGUUGGUCCACCAGGCACUGUCGGAGGAACUGGCUGGGCCGGUACACGCGCUGGCCAUCCAGGCGAAGACCCCCGCCCAGUGGAGGGAGAACCCACAGUUGGACAUUAGCCCCCCCUGCCUAGGUGGGAGCAAGAAAACUCGAGGGACCUCCUAGUACCCAGACUGGGAGAACAACGACCCAGAAGGGUCUACUGAGAAUAAACUACUACAUCACUA